AUGAGUGCAGAAACGAAUACUUUUGUACAAAAAACCUUGAACAUAUUUUCGCGUCGUAAACGACUGACUGCAAACAGUGCACUUCAUUCGCAAUUACGACGAUGUUUAACAGUUGUGGACUUAACGAUUCUAGGAAUUGGUAGUACAUUAGGUGCGGGUAUCUACAUUCUUGCAGGCACAGUUGCAAAAGAUUUAGCUGGACCAGGUGUACUACUAUCAUUUUUUAUUGCUGGUGUAGCUUCCUUGUUUUCUGGAUUAUGUUACGCAGAGCUAGGUUCGAAGUAUCCACGAGCUGGGUCAGCAUAUGUGUAUUCGUAUGUUAUUCUUGGAGAAAUGGCUGCGUUCAUUACAGGUUGGAAUUUGAUUCUGGAGUAUAUUGUCGGCGCUGCCUCAGCAGCACGAGCUUGGACAAGUUCGAUUGAUUCCGUUGUGAAUUUUCGUAUGAGUACAUUCUUUCAACACAAUUUCCCGUUUCCGUUUGGAAAUCCAUUUGGCAUGUUUGCACCGUACAUGGAUAUUGGAGCAUUCGGUCUAACGAUUGCUAUAACUAUCAUUCUUGCUAUAGGAGUAAAAGAAUCAAGUCGAACCAAUAAUAUUUGUACAACGGUGAACUUAACAAGUGUUGCAAUUAUUGUGAUAUGUGGCCUUUCGAAAGCGAAUACUGACAAUUGGCAUUUGUCAAUUGAUCCAAGCAAGUCAAAUCAAACAGUAGCUACAGCUGGCAAAGGCGGGUUUUUACCUUAUUCAAUAUCCGGUGUUCUAUCCGGUGCAGCAACGUGUUUUUAUGCAUUCGUUGGUUUCGAUUUGAUUGCAACAACAGGUGAGGAAACUGAAAAUCCACGACAAGCAAUACCAAUCAGCAUCUGUCUUGUCCUUUUCAUCUGCUGUCUUGUCUAUUGUGCUGUUAGUGCUGUAUUAACAUUAAUCGUCCCCUAUUAUUCUAUAAGGGUAGAUGCAUCACUUCCUGAUGCAUUCGAUAGGAUCGGACUAUCGCAUGUGAAAAUCGCAAUUAUACUUGGAGCUGUUACCGGUCUGACAUCAAGCAUCAUCGGUUCACUAUUUCCAUUGCCACGUGUGUUAUAUUCCAUGGCAUCCGAUGGUCUUUUGUUUUCAUUAUUCAGUAAAAUUUCCAUUAAAUCUCAUACACCAAUCUAUUCAACGUUAAUCGGUGGUUUCCUCUCGGCCUUAAUGGCAUUAGUAUUCGAUCUAUUGACAUUAGUUGAAAUGUUGAGUAUAGGAACAUUGAUUGCUUACACUCAAGUAGCAUUAGCUGUAUUAAUUUCCCGUUAUGAAAUCAAAGAUGAUUGUACCGACGAUUUGAGUCAAAACUUAUUCUCGAUCCUGAUUAUUCUAAUUCUAUUAUGUCUCAUAUCAAUUCAUUCAUUUGAACAACAUGAUUACAUAAAUCCCAUCGUCAUGAUCGUUUUUGUCGCUUUAUUUUAUCUUUUAAUAUACAUAGUUUAUAAAAAACUUUCAAAAAGAAAACAAAAUAUCUCCGACGACAUAGCUUUAUAA